CUUUGACAUUAGAUUCUAACCUCCGUAUUUCACGCGAUAGUUUCGUAAACAUACACAUGUGAAGUGUUAAAUAUUACAAAUAAUAAAUAAAACAAUGCCUCAACUGCAUAUAGACGAAGUGUACCCAAAAGAAAGCGUGUACCCUAUGGUUGUUAGCUUUCAAAAUGGUUACUUAAACCAGAAAUUUAAGACAAGUGAGUGCGUUUUACUUGAAGACGAAAAAACUGGGAAAAAGACUGUUGCAACGGAAUUAUGUGACUUAAUAUACAGCGGGGAGGAAGAAGAAGAGGAAUUAGGCCGUACUCUGAUACUAGCACGGGACAAAACAACGGGAAAAGUGAGAUUAAUAGAAGUUGGUAAUGUUGAGCUGAAACCAUGCUUACACAAUGAUUUAGACACAACGGAAGCAAUUGAAACGAGUUAUUUGGAGCUCAGUAGGAAGUUCGGAUCGAAGAAACAUAAACAGAUAAUGGAACAGCGAGAGAAAUUAAAGAUCAAUGUUGAAACGGUCACGGAACAAAUGCAAAAUGUCACUGAAUCUGUUACCGAAGACCAGUUAGACUUGUCAUCAUAUAACAAAAAUGAUUCUGAUGAAUUCUACAUACCCCCUAUAAACAGAGAAGCGAGCAAAGUCGAAGAAGUAUACGACAUAGACACUAUAUUAACACCAGAACAACGGGAAAAGAUCUACAGUGAAAUUAAAGAAACAAAUUACCUGAACGAGUUACAUCCGUUCUUGAAAUCUAUAGCGACAAAAGAUUUAUCGGAACACCAAAAAGUUUUAUUAGUAUAUGCUCAGGCAUUAUUACAAUUAUACGCAACAUUAAUGAAAGAUAUCAAUCGUAAAAACUUCGCUGCUUGUCCCUACUCUGUAACUCUGAACGAUAUUGUACUAAAAAACUUUCUUAGCAAUGUUAACGGUAAACGAGGAAGAUCACCCCAAUAUAAGGAUAAGUCCUUAUGUCAUGCGUUAGUGUUUAUUCUAUUGUUAAAUAAUUAUAAGUUUAAUUUUAAUGACCUGUGUCAAGAAUUGAAAUUGACUCAGAGAACUGUUACGUCAAAGGUUGCUUUGACUGGUGCUACGUUGAUUACCGUUGGUACGAAGAAGAUGGCACAGUUGAAGCUACCAUUAAGUAGACCUGCAUUACGAAGAAAAAGUUCAAAGUUUUGAAUAUAUUUUUGACACUGCA